GUGUCAUGGCAUGAAGGAAAAGACAGGAUGAGGCUCGUGUUAUACAGGGUUGAAGAUGACAGUGGUGGGCUAUAUAGAGGAGAAUAAAAUGAGUCAUCAAAAGAAUCAUUUUGGGGAGGUGACAAAGACAGCAGAGGUUGGAGGUGUCUUGGGGGAAAAACAAAGCCCCUGUUCCAGCCGGGAAGCCUGAACUCUUGGAAGGAGAAGGCAGGCACUUUGGAGCACAUACAAACAGACUGGAAAGACAAACUGUGGUGGCACACAAUGGUGUGAAUUUCUUCUCUCAACUGAACUGCAGAUACAAGGGUUCAUGAAGCAAGUUAUCUACUCCAGCUUGGCUUGUCCAAGCCCACACCCAGACAAGCUAAGUUUAAAGGCUGCACUUUAAGAUGAUGUGGCAGUAAAGAUCCCUGCUUAUGCCUGGGUGAACUCUAAUCCUGAGCAGAAGCCUGACCUCUGAUACCUGUUCCACCAUGUACCUGUUUCAUCCUCUGUGGAGUGCUGCAGCAGCUGUUCUUGUCAAUGCCCAGCAAACUCCCACAACGCCUGAGCUAUUCCUGGGAACUUGGAAACUCGUCUCCAGUGAAAACUUUGAGGAAUACAUGAAAGAACUGGGGGUGGGUUUUGCUACUAGGAAGCUUGGCAGCCUGGCCAAGCCCAGUGUGGUGAUCAGCACCAAUGAUGACAUAAUAACCAUCAAGACAGAGAGCACCUUUAAAAACACAGAGAUCUCCUUCAAGCUGGGAGAAGAGUUUGAGGAAACCACAGCAGAUGACAGGAAAACCAAGAGCAUUAUCACCUUGGACAAUGGUGCUUUGAUUCAUGUGCAGAAGUGGGAUGGCAAAGAGACGACAAUAAAGAGAAAACUGGUGGAUAGUAAGCUUGUGGUGGAAUGCACCAUGAACAAGGUCACCAGCACUAGAGUCUAUGAGCGAGCCUGAGGAAUUCCUAUCUCCAUGUUGGAUCAGAACUUGCUGUUAAUCUGUUCAAUGAUUGUUGCUGCAUGACACUACUGUUCAAUUCUGCAAGCGUCAAUAACUUUGAGAUACAGCUUUAUUAGGAAUAUGCUUGUAACUAAUCUGCAAUUAGUGACUGCGGCUAUUAAAUAAAACAUUUCUGAGCACAUAGUGGG